AUGUUGGCAAUUGUGAUUUUGUCCCGAGGGAAGUGCGGUCUCUCUAAAUGCAUCACACGCUACCUUGUGGGAAUGGCAGCGGCCGAUUUCCUGGUGGUUAUUUCAGAACCUAUAUUGUACAGGAUUAUUCAGAAUUACCUUCCUGUUUCUUUUUUCUUUAUUACUCCUGUGUGUAGCCUUAUUUAUUGCCUGGUGUUCACAUCAACAGUCAUAUCCGUCUGGCUCACAGUUGCUUUCACAUUUGAUCGAUUUAUUGCCAUUUGUUGUGAGAAGGUGAGAACAAAAUAUUGCACUGAAAGUGUGGCAUCCCUGGUGAUAGGGAUGGUGUGUUUACUUAGUUGCUCAGUGUCUAUACCUUGGUACUUCAGACAUGAACCUGAAUAUGUCAUUCACAAUAUUCCUUGGUAUUGCAUCACCAAACCAAUGUUCUUCUCCUCAAAUUUAUGGGCCGUAUUUGUCAUCUUUUACGUCAUUUUAACUCCGUGUGUGCCAUUCUUUCUGAUAAUAUUCUUCAAUUUUCUGACUGUCAGACAAAUUGUUAUAGCCAGUAAAGUCCGUCAUGGCCUCCGGAGCCACAACAAUGGACAGCAUGACAGGGACCUCGAGAUGGAAAAUCGAAGAAAAUCCAUUGUCCUACUAUUUAGCAUAUCUGGUAGUUUUGUACUAUUAUGGGUGACACAGGUUGUUUUCUACAUUUAUCGGAGAAUAACACAGAUUUAUUCAUACCCGGUUACAGAGCCACUUUAUAUCACAGAUUCUACAGCAAAUAUGCUACAGCUUCUCUGUUCCUGCACCAACACAUGUAUUUAUACGAUGACCCAGAGCAAAUUUAGACAGGAAGUGAAGAACCUGGGAAAAUAUCCAUUCAAUCUACUCCUUAAAUUAGUUAAGUCACAAUGA